UUUAGUGGUUCUUUGUGUUGUGUGCGUUUGUUCUCAAUGCAAAACUUGCAUGUUUCUGUCCUUUUCCUGAGAUCUUCAGAAAUCCCAGGCCACCACACAGUCUCUUUGGCCCUUGCCCUGCACUUCGACAGUCCUUGGUGUCCCUCAUGAAUUCUGUUAAGAACCUCAUGUCUCAUUACUUUAGGAAUUACUAUGCGAUUCCCCAGCACUAACAAUCCAUCACUCACUGAUAAGAAGUCUUUCCAUUUGUAAAAACAUUGUAUGCUGUUUGGGAUGCUUUUUGUAUAUUCUGGCCAUCCUCCUUUUACAAAUUUCUCCACAAUCAGUAACUCUUCAUCCUUUUUUGUCUCUAUUUUUAUUUCUGUCAGCUUCUGCUGUGAUACCGGCAAACCUCCGAUGACUGCAUUCACAUGACAACUCACGUCGGCUGUCAAGAAGUCCUCUGUGACGUUUAAUGGACUGCGCGAUAGUGCGUCCGCAACGACUAAGGUUUUGCCAGGGCCUAUUUGCUGCCUUUGUUGACUGUUUGAAAGUCACUUCUUGCACGCUGCCCGUUGACUGACCCUCCUGCUGGCUGAUUUGCUUUGCCACAUCCUCGGCCUGCCGUGUCAUCUGCACCGCCGUUUCCAGGACACGUGAUGCUGUGCUUUUUGCUCCUGACACUCCACUGGAGGACAGUCACUGCAGCACUGCAGCCAUCCACACACAACACCGCCCUUCAGGAAGAUGGAACAAGGCCAUACAUUUACUACUGUCGCUCGCCUAAUAUGGAGAUCUUCACCUGCUGGUGGCGGCCAAUUGCUAAUCAGGAUAAUGUCACAUACACGCUCAUAUAUACCACGGGUGAACACGCUCCUCAGGAGUGUCCCGAUUACGUGAGCGGUGGCAUCAACAGCUGUUUCUUUGAUGCCAAACACACUCAGAUCUGGGAGAUGUACUGCAUGAACGUGACCGCACACACACUCACUGGGCCCAUCACCUCCAAGAAACAUUGCCUGGAUGUGGCCGAUAUAGUGGAGAUCGACCCGCCCUUUAAUCUGACUUACAUUAUGCUGAAUGAGAGUUUCUGUGAAUCCGGGCACAGUAUUUUGUUGUCAUGGUUGUAUCCAGUUGCCUCUCAAGUGCGUGAAGGAUGGAUUACGCUCAUCUACGAGCUACACUACAGACAUCUUGCUCAGCCAAACAACUGGAGGGUGAAAGAGCGUUUGCGUGAGCCUCAUGUGGAGUUGUUGGAUCUGCCGGUGGGAACAUAUGAGUUCAUGGUCCGCUGUCGCUCCACUAACAGCAAACACUGGAGCUCUUGGAGCGAGUCCAUUAACAUCACCAUCAGCGGGAGACCUCUGUCCAAUCGGAUGUUGGCCUUCAUCCUUGUGACCAGCAUUGCCAUUAUGGCCUUCCUUAUUAUUGGUUUUGGCAUCAUCCCACGAGGCAAGAGAAUUAGAUCAUUCUUCCUGCCACCAAUUCCCAAACCGCGCAUCCGAGGGCUUGAACCUGUUCUGCUAAAGAAGGGGAAGAUUGACGAGAUCAAUCGUCAUUUCUCCAGUUUUCACGGCUAUAAGUCACCACAGUACUGCAUGGAGACGUGGUACCAGGUGAGCGUGGACAUGUGUCCGCCUUCGAUGGCCAACAGUUUCCCGUCUCAUUAUAAACACGAGGAUGUGUCGAUCACACAGCACGUCACCUGCCCCGAUGGACAACAGUAUGUUCAGACAACCUGCAGUCCUGCUCCUCACUGUUGUAGCCCCGCCUCCUACUGUGAGGGAACCACGCCCCCUCAAAACUCUGGUCACGCCCACCCUGAGCUUGUGUCCACUCCAGGCAUGGACUACAGCAUGAUUCUAAACUCGGCCCCUGCACCACCUCCGAUUCAGGACUUCUAUACAUGUGUGAAUGGCUUGAUGCCUGGUGGGGUGCUGCAUCUGGUACCCUGCCUGCCUGACAUGCUGAAAAACAUGCCCUACCUGCAGUUUAAAGAGGGAGCGGAUGAUGGCAUGGACAAGAGCAGUCAGCUAGCGGUACUGCUGGAGAAGCAGAUGGAGGCGCUGUUGAGCGUGAGUGAAACAGACCCAAGCGAAGCUGCCAAGCCUUUGCUACCUCAUUCAUCAGACACAAACUGAGAGAAAAUAAGCAAAUGCUGCAGUGUCUGGUAAUGCACAUGUGACAUACAAUCCCACCCACUCUGCCUCAUACUCACACUAACACAGCCCGAGAGUUAUGCAGUCUGUGCUGGUUUGUUUUGAUAGGAAAUAUUACUGGUGUUUUAGUUCAGAAUGAGUACAUUCGCAUGCAGGAAGGCUGAUUCACAGCACAAGCGUCAGCACAGCAUAUUUUUUCACUGCUUAUAUUAAGAAAUUAGGUUGUUCACAUUGAAGCAUGAGUCUACUUUUGCAACGAUGGUCCUGCACAAUUAAAGUAACAACACAUUGUUGAUGGACUAAAUGAAAAAUUUUUUGAAUUAGAGAAAGUCAUGUAAAUUAUUUAGUUACCAUUCAGAUGCAUAUUUCCAUAUUUAUGUAAAUAAGAUUUUACAGGUUAUUAAGGUUGUAAUAUUUAUCAGCAACUUAAUUCUGAUGACUGUCAUAAUGCUUGUUUCUAAGUAAAACAGUCACUGUAGUUAACAGUUCACGUGGUGUGAAACAGGCAAGAGUCACUGUCGUUUAUUUCAUACAGAGAGCAAACAGAUAAUCACUAAUCAUUGUUGAGUGUUUGUAAUGAAUCUUUCAGUCAGGACAGUCAUGGUGUUUAAUAAAUGAAUGUUAGGCUGAGAGAAACAGACUGACUUUUAGUUCUCAUGAUGAUCCUUCAGCCGAUGAAAUCAAUCUUUCAUAACUGCGGAUCAUGUUAGGAGAGAGAAGCAUCAGUAAAUCACCAUAUAAAUGGAGCUCGAAGCCAAAACAUGAGCUUCAACAGAAUCUGCUGUUUGGUGGAUGAUGAGCCUAAAGGAAGCAAGAGAGAGAGAUUAUUAGGGCUGAAAUGAUUCCUCGAUUAACUCGAUUACAAAAAAUGGCAAUUUCCUCUGCCUCGAAGCUUCUUUUAAUUUAUUUUAAAUCUCACAUCAGGUUCUUUCGCAAUGAUUUUUUUAAUGUGACACAAUUUACACUUUAACGCGGAAUGGCACAGAAUACAUUUCAAUUUGAAUUAAUCAAAAAUAGGUCAUUGUACUUACAUCAGUUCACGAUAUGGACUAAUAUCUGUAAAUAUUAAGAUGGAACAGUCUAUUGAAAUAUGAAUCCUGCAUGUUCUGUGUGU